GGAGGGAGGAAGAGAGCAGGAACAGACGAGACAUAAUCUAGCAUUGAGGUACUCACAUCUGACAAGCUUGCUCUACCAACCUUUAAACAACACCAUUUAAAGGACUGAUUCUACAGAGCAAAACUAAAGAUGGUGUCAUCAGUACAGUUUUCUAAAGGUGUACUGGUCUUCUUAAUAUGCCAAGUGUGGUUUCCCUCAUUUGCGUCAAGUCAGGUAACCACAGCGGCAAACAGUUCAAACUCACCUACCAUGACCAUGGCAACAUCUUCUGUCUCCAUGACAACUGAUUUAACAACAAUAACAACAAAUGUAACGACAUCUACAAUGGCAUCCAGCUCUUCCUCAGGAUCUGCCUCAACAUCAUCGUCCACCACGCCCAUGUCCUCAGCAACGACAGCCGUCACAACUGGAGCUUCUGUUACAAGUUCUGCAGCAAUGUCUGCAUCAACUUACAUGGCUUCUACAAGUAUUGCCUCUACCAUGACCACAGACAACACCUCAAUGAAUUCAACCAGCGGCCCUGACAACAGCACCAUGGAAUGGAGUUCCAACAGCACGAUCUCCUGCCGUUCCUUCAGCUGUGAUUCCAACUGUUACUCGAUGUUUAUGAAUAUGAGCUCCAGCCCUUGCCCUUCCAAUUACAACUACUGUGAGUUACGGAAAUUGAAUGAGUCGAUGUACUCAGUGGGAUGUGUAGACUCCUGUGACCUUGACUCCACCGGCUGUGCAAACGACUCCCAGAUCAGCUGUGUGAAGGAGUGCUGCAACAUGACGGACUGCCUCAACACCACACUCCAGGACAUGGAGCGCACCACAGGAAGCACAGUUGCCCCAACAACGAAACCCGCUAUGACUUCUAUGGAACCAACAAGCAAACCUGUGACCCCCCAGCCAAACAAUGGGAAGAAGUGUAAAGAGCUUACCUGUACCGGGGCAGACUGCUACAAGAAUACUGAUGCACCGAAGAAGUGGUGUUACGGACAAGACAAGUACUGUGAGUUAAAGAAGAAAACGGAGGGAUCAGCAAUCAAAUGGAUGGCUGGAUGCACCAAUAACUGCACCAAAGAGACUGCCUGUACGAGCUCGGCACAGUCUUGCCACCAGGAGUGCUGUGAAGCAUCGGCCAUGGGUGAUUGCCUUAAGCUCGAUGGCACAAUGGUCAUGCCCUCAGAUGCCAACAGAGCCAUAUUCUCUCCCUUAAUAUUGCUGGUCACCACCAUGAUGGCCUGGGUAGUCAUAGGUGACCAGCUGUAACAUCUUCUGAGGACAUACGGCUUUCUGCUGCAGUUCAAGGAUAUAAGACCGACUCCAUUUUAUAGAAUGGGUUUGUGUGUGUGUGUGUGUGUGUGUGUGUGUGUGUGUGUGUGUGUGUGUGUGUGUGUGUGUGUGUGUGUGUGUGUGUGUGUGUGUAAUUUUGACCGUGCAUAUAUUGUGCUCAUAGAUGAGCUGUUUUGGGAGUGGAUAUGAUCCUAUUUAUAUGCCCAUAUAUGGGAGAGCAUGUGUUUGUCUACGUUUGUCUUUCUCUUUUUCUUUUUCUCAAUGUAGAUUAUGUAGAUUAUAUUGGCAUUCCAACCUCAUUAGUCAAGGUCUUAGAAACAUUCAUCUUAGGCACAUCGACCAUGUACCCCCCCCCCCACCCCCAAUACUGUAAUAUGACAGGCCCGUGUCAAAGUGUCUUUUUAAUGCUCAUGUUUUGGUAGUAAUUUAACAAACUAACAAUGCAGACCCAAAGAUAUUAGAUUAGAUAUUAUUUGGAUUAUUUGGCCGUACUAUGUUGUUUACACCCCUGUUAUGUGACAGUGUACAUAGCUUUAUUCAUAGAGUAAGAUUGCUGCCAAAAAGGAAAUGUUUUUGCACUUUAUGCAUAUAAAUAACAAUGAAAGAUUUAUUAUUCUUGUUGAAAUGUAAGAUCUUUACACAGUAGUCUAAGUAUGGAAUCAUUUUUUCUUUUAAUUAUUGUUAUGAUUAUUAAGACUUACAGCAAACAGAACAGUCUUCAGAGAUAACUUAUAUCAACAUCUUUCCAUGUCCAACGUGCAGAAUUUUAAUACAUAUCACCAUUAUAUGUGGCAAUGUUUAGAAACUAUUAUUUUGAAAUCAAAUAAACGUGUGUGUUUAAUCCAAAGCAUUGUUGUACA